AUGGACAACUCCACCCAAAACCAACCCUUUUUCCCCAUCCCCCGCGACCAAGUCCCCUGGCUCCUCUUCCGCGUCGAACACCGCCUAAGCUCCAGCUACGGAACCCUAAGCGCCCAAGCCCGCAUCGCCCGCAUAGUCACUCCCCCAAGCCCCGACGACUUUGACCGCCACCUCCUCAACUCAAAAGAUUUCCUCACUCCAUUCCUCUCCUACUUCAGCAACUUCCGGCGCGCCUUGUCCCUCUACCGCGCAUUCCGCCUCGAGGGACGCCAUGAAGUUACCAUCACCGCGCUGUGGGCCCGUGACAUGGCUAACAUCUACAACGCCGAAUCCAUCGCCCAAUCACUGGGCUUCCGCGACGGCGACGGCGCAAACCCCCGCCGCAUGCUUCGCGACCACAUCGGCGAGUUCCUAAUCCACGGUGGCAUCGUGGAUACAUGCCGCAUCUUGACUGUCUUCCGGGGCAUGAAUGCACCACAGACACCAACGCCGACGCCCGUCACGCCAGGACCAAUAACCAUCCGUGAAGUUGACGUUGUCUUUGAGUGCGAUGCGUAUCAGGCUGUUGCGACGCUGCCGGAGGGGUUUCUGCCGUCGUCGUUGCAGGAUAAUGCGCUGCGGGCGCUGGAUGAGGAGAUCUACCGGCGGACGGGGGUGUUGAAUGAUUUCUGGAGGGAUAUGGUUGUUAGUGCAGUUAUGGGGAGGCCGGUCAAUUGGGCGGGGAGGUUUAUGGGGGCUGAGCAGAUGGGGUUUCUUUUUGGGGAUACGGGGCAGAGGAAGGGGGAGGGGAUCUAA